AUGUCUACAAAUGCUCGACCUAAAAGGAAAGCUACUAUUAAUAAAACUUAUGACGACUCGAUAGAAUUAUCCAAACUAGAAGAUAUUUCAGAUUCAAAUGGCAAAAAAUCACAACCACAAACUAAAAAGAAAGAACCAAUCAAGAAUGGUCAUGAUAUUACUACUAAUGGGUCCAAUGUUGUACCAUAUAAUUGGCAACCAACCCCCACGCCACAAGAUCAUUUCUCCAACCGUCUAGACCUUUCAGGAGCAACAAUAAACUUAAAGAAAAUGACAUUAAAAUGUAAAUAUAAGAAUGGCAAGUCUUUAACAUUAUCAAAAGGUCAAUGCAUAUAUAUGAUUAGUGAACCUCCAGGCGAGCCCUAUUAUAUUGGAAGAAUUAGAGGUUUUACAAAUAAAAGAAAUCAUAAAUAUGAAGAAAUUGGAAUCGAUGAUAAAGAAGACAAAAUGGUACCUGCAGAAGGUUAUUUUUUCAUAGUAAAUUGGUUUUAUAGACCCAGAGAUAUUACAAAAAAUUCAGCAGAUUCAAGAUUAUUAUAUGCAACUAUGGAUUCAGACGUUUGUCCAUUGAGUAGUUUCAGAGGUUUAGUUACAGUUGAAUUAAAACGAGAUAUAGAAGAUUCCUAUAUUGAGAAACUGAGAAAACAACUAUCUCCAGGUUUCACUCCAAUAGAAGCAUAUGCCCAAAGUCCAAAUUGUUUUUAUUUUGAUAAGUUAUAUGAUCGUUAUAUGAUUAGAUCUUAUGAUGUACUACUGACUCAAAACUUAUUACAGUAUGCAGAAAAGGAUAGCAAAUCCAAAAACUAUCUAAUAGCAUUGAACAAAAGAUUUAGCUAUAUAUUUUGUGAAUCUACAAGAACAAAAUCGUUAAUUAAUUCAUUCAAAAAUGAUAAUUCAACAUGUUUCACCUGUGGAUUAUGGUCGGAUCAUAAUGAUUCUAUAAGUUGUUUUGAAUGUAAAAAAUUAUUUCACAUGCUUUGUUUGGAUCCACCACUUUUAAAAAAACCAAGUCGAGGAUUUUCUUGGACUUGUGCAUCUUGUACAAAAAAGCAUGAAAUUGAAUACCACCAGAAAAAAAUCUUGAUGCUACUGCAUGAUAACAAAUCUUCAAAUCAAGAUUCCCUAGCUGAUGAACUAGCUGCAUUAAGUUCUUUGGAAGCUGAUGUUAAAAAUAUGGAUCAAUCUACUGACGUUGAAACUGUACUACCCAAAUACGAAGUUAUGGCAAAACAAUUUUUGGUCAAUGAUUCAAAAAUUUCACUCGAAGACAGAAGAAUUAAAGAAGAAUGGUGUAUGAGAUAUUUAGGUUUAAAUGCCAAAUUAGAAGAAGGUGUUGAUUUAGAUGAUAAAUCACCAUACCCAAGAGCAUCUACAAGAAUUGGUGCGAAACAUCAAGCUAUAUAUAUCCCAGAAUGUAAUGGUCAUCCAAUAGUGUAUUAUGAUGCAGAGAAAGUUGUAAAAAAGAAAUCAAAAGCUAAACCGAAGGAGAAAGUAGAGGAAAUAGCAAAACUAGAGGUUCCUAAAGAAUUUGAAGAUUUUGAAGUCAAAGACUAUCCUGAAUGGUUGCAACCGAGACCAAAAGGCUACAUAGAGAGAGGAGUUGAUGAUGGUGAAGGUACAACUUGUACAUUAUUAUGGAAAACCUCCCCUAAAGAUAUCGAUGACAAUUUUGAACAUAUGGAUAAAUUUAUUGCAACUUGUGAUGUUAUAGCUGAAGGUUUAGGAUUAUCACCAAAUUCUCCAAAUUUUGUUGAUGCUGUGGUUUUACUGUAUAUGAAAAAUACUGGAGAUGUUGACAAAGCAUUUGAUGAAGUACAAAAAUUAACCAAAAAGAAAUUGAAUGAACCUGUUUUCAAUAGAGAAGAAAUAAAAAGGUUUGAAGCCGGAGUCAAAGAAUUUGGAAAUGAAUUAUUCCAUGUUCAAAAAAGAGUUAAAUCACAACCAUUGACUCAAGUUGUUAGAUUCUAUUAUCUUUGGAAGAAAACCAAGAAUGGGAAGCAAAUAUGGGGUAAUUACGAAGGAAGAGCUCCUAAAAAAUCACACAAUACCAAGGAAGAAAACAAUCAUAAACCACACAUCAAUGAUGACAUUACUAAUCCUGAAGAUGAUUCAUCGUAUGAAGAAGAAAAAAUCAAAUCCAAAAAUACCAAAUUUAUUUGUAAACAUUGUAACUCAAAAUACUCAACUCAAUGGUUUAAAAUCACCAAUACACAUGAUGCAAAUUCCGAGCUGGACUCGGUUGUAGCGUUAUGUUUCAGAUGUGCAAAAUUAUGGAGAAGAUACGCAGUAAUAUGGCAAGACGCAGAGGAAGUCCAAAAAAGAAGUGGUAAAUCAAAUGGAUGGAAAAAGAAAAUUGAACCGGAAUUACUACAAGAUUCAAGUUUAAUACUAGAGCAUGCAUUGUCAUUGGGUAUAGCUGUAACCUAUGAUCCAAAACUAGUUAAUCAACUAUCACCUGCUAAACCUUCUCCAGAUAAGAAAGAAUCAUCCAAAAGAAAACCAACCUCAUCAUCACCAACUGAAUCACCAACUCCGAAAGCUAAAAAAGUUAAAACAGAAGUCAAAGUUGAGAAAAAAGAGAAAGUUCCUAAAGUUCAAGAAAUACAAACUGUUACAUUUCGAUCAAUUGAUGAAGUUGUUGGUUCAUCGCUAGGUCAGCAUACAAGAUCAUUACUUUUCAAUCCAAACUAUGAAACACCUAAAGCUUAUGGAUUGAGCAAAAAAUUGAUCAAAAGUGAAGCACCAAAUGAACUAACCACCUUUAUGGAUCAUUAUAGAGAAAUACAGUUAGGUGAUGUCAGUGCUCCGUUAGUCAAUUUUCAGACACCUCAUCUUACAUCUAUAGAGUUACCAUUUAAACCACAUGAAAGAAAAUGUUGUAUAUGUCGUGAACAUGACACAUCAAAAGCUUCAUUACAAGAAAUGUUGAUAUGUUCAUCAUGUGGUGUUAACGUUCAUGCAUCUUGUGCUGCUUACUCUUUACAUGAAAAAGAAUCUACAAAAGAAUGGUUAUGUGAACCAUGCAUAAAUGACUUAAGACCAAUACAUACUGCUAUUUAUUCAUGUUCUUUGUGUAUGGCAAAUGAAACUAAUUAUGAACUAUCAAUACUAGGUUCCCCUAAUGUAAGGCCAGAUUUCCUAAAACCAACGUCAGAAGGUAGUUGGUGUCAUUUAUUAUGUUCAGUUUUCAAUAGUGAAUUCAUUCAAGUUCUGAAAAAUAAAAAUGUUAAUAAUUGUACUUUAUCAAUUGAAAAUGUUAGCAAAAUUUAUUUAAAUAAUCAUAAUUUAAAAUGUGAAAUAUGUCAAUCUAAUAAUGGUUCAUUGGUGAAAUGUGAUUUAUGUGAUGAGCCUUGUUAUUACCAUCCAACUUGUGCUCAAGAUACUCCAAAUUAUAAAUUAGGUUUUAAAUUAGUAUCAGGAGUUAAAUCAUCACAACUUGUCAAAGUUAAUGAGAAUGUUGGGUUGUUAAAGUGUAUUAUGAUCUGUCCAAAACAUGAUCAAACGAGUAAUACCAUUUUGAAUUUUAGGACAUUGGGCAAAAGAAUGAGCUCAAAAGAUUCGGAACCAAAACCAAUAAUAAAACUAUUUCUUGAGGAUUUACUCAAGACUAAUAAAGCUCAAUUCAGUGGACCUCACGCAAGAUCAUUAAAUUACGUUAAAAAUUGUAAUUUGUUUUACAACAAUGAUCAAAACUCCAAUGUCAAUAUCACAUCUAAUGGUCACAUCAAAAAAUGUUCGAUUUGUUCAACUGACAGUUCACCAAUGUGGUACGAAUCAAACAUUUGUAAAUCAUGUCAUCAUAAGUCUCAAAACUCUCCAAGCACCGAAGAUGGAGAAGAAGAACCAAUUAAAGAGUUAUUAUCAGCACCCUUGAAUGGUGAAAACUAUGGUAUUAAAGAUCAAAAUGAUAAAUUAAAAAAUGUAUAUAAACCAAAUAUCAUUGAUGAACUGUCAUUAAACGUUCCUGUUGUUGAACCUAUAAGAUCAAAAAUCUCAAUUGUAGAUAUACUUACAUAG